AUGAGAGUGGACUCAGAUAUAAAUUUUGGAACUAAUGUUCGACCUAUACCGAUCGCCACGACGAACAGCAAUUUGGCGGAUUAUCAGUUCGUUUUGGCUAUCAAAUUGAUCCGUACGCAUGCAGGAACAUCUGAGCAACUAAGCGCGGUUGAACUCAGGACCAUAAACCAAGGCAGAUGUGAAACGAUCUACGGCUUGAACUUCGUGUCAGCUAGCAUGCUGUGCGCUGGCUGGGAGACCGGCGGCCGCAGGUCAUGCCGCGGUGACAUCGGGGCUCCUCUGAUCCACAACAACGCAGUAGUAGGCGUCACAGCCUACACAUACGGCUGUGGAGAUGGAAACUACCCAUCUAUCUAUUCCAGAGUUUCCAGAUAUGCUUCCUGGAUUAUAUCAAAUGCAUAA